GGGGGAUGAAUGCUUCUCUCUGUUCCAUGCUACUCUCCGUCCAUCCAUCCACCAUCCCUGCCCUGUCCACUCGUCCACUCGUCCACACACAUGCUUCUUUCUCGGCCCGCUGGCCAUCGGUGUCAUUCAUGUUGGUUACGUGUCAUAUCGAAGCCACUCACACUCGAGCUGUGUUCUGUGCACAUGGAAUCCCAAACACCCCCUCGCUUGACCGCAUACACCCAGACAUGCACACACACGCAUACACAUGUAUACAUAAACUACACGAAUUACAUAAACCGUAGGAAUUACACAAAGCUGCAGGAAUUACAUAAAACGCUUUUUGAGUCAAUGCUAUCCCAGUCCCUCACGCUCUCGGUGUUCUAUGCACUGCUUAUGACAUAGAAUGAACGACUGCACAUCUCCAGCGCAGACGAAUUACAUAAAGCGCCCCGUCCCCCACCCGCAGACACAUGGCGUCGCCUGCACCGAAAGCGCCACCCACCCACCGACCCACCCCACUUAAACGACCCGGCUACCUGAGUCACUCAACCAUAUCCGCUCUAUCUUGUGUAUCACCAAAUUUGGGUGCAUUUCUGUGUCUCGUACACAACACAUGCCCACGCGCUGCACAACCCAAUCAGUCGGUCGAUCAAAAAAAAGAAAAAAAAACUCUACGGAUAGAUCACAGACUGUCUGUCUGGUCUAUCGGUCUGUCGCUACUUACACGACCGCCAAUGCGCCCAGCACAUGGGUGUCAUCGAUGACGUUGUGGCGGAGGGUCAGGCCGAUGCCGUAUCGCGACGCCUCGAGCCGCACUGCCCGAGCGAUGACCUCGCACACGCCCAUGUGCUGCUGCGGCUGGGCGGCGCCGCCUACGGCGAAGCAUCGCAGCGGAGCGAGGCCGGCACCCCCCACCACACGAACGUUGCCGUGCCUCUCCUGCUGCUGCUGCUGCUGCACCGGCUGGCAGAUCACACGCGCUGCGACCGUGACGUACUGGUGCACGGCUUGGUUGAUUCGUGUGCCGAUGGGCUCAUCGCCGAUGGGGAUGGGAGGGGGCGGGCUGUCGGUCUGGCUGGUGGGGGCGAGAUGGCUGUUGAUGAUCGUCAGGACGUCAGACGGCAGGGCGAUGGUGCGGCUGCGGAGGGGGAUGGGCUGAGUGAGGGACGCCACGAGGCUGCGGGAUGGGCGGAGGGCCUCGUUGAUGGUCUGCAGGGCCAGGCGGGGGAUGGACUCGUUGAGGAAGGCACUGUAUGCCGUGAGCAGCCUGGGUCUUUCCCCCGGGUGAAUGAGCCCCCUCGGUCUUCCGCCCGGAAGCGCCUGUGUGAGCCCGGCAGUCGCCACAGACGCGCCGUGUUCGAGCAGACCGACGAGGGCUUCGUUAGGGCACUCAGAUCGGGCUGCCGCAUUCCUGAGCACCGUGUUGCCCUGGCUGUCGGGCGUGUUGAUGUGCCGCGCCGCCCCAUACCGAUAGAGACGCUCAAUGGUCGCAUCCGCUCUGUUCCGGUACGUGCCGUACGUCAGAUGAGCUAGAGAGAGGGGCCGGCUGCCGUCAUCUCCAUAGAAAGAGAUGGCAGGCGGCUGAACCGGAGGGACCUGGACGGGUGUGUUGACGACAUCCGCCCCCAGCUUCUCGGCGAAGUAGUCGAUGAGCUGCUUCUGCAGCUUCUCUUUUCUCAGUGGCCUUGAGCUGAAGUGAUGGAUGGGCCGCCACCCGUCGUCGCCCUUCUCCGACAGCACCGUCACGUCCCGCUCGCCGAGCAUCUUGACCACACGCAGCUUGUCGGCAGAGCUCGACUUGCUGCGACACACCGCCGCCACCAGGCGGUGUCCGGCAACUGAGAUGCCGUCUUGCGGCUCCAGCAUGACGUCCAGCACACGCCACUUGCCCUUCACCGCGGCCGUGUGAACUGCGCUGUCGCGGUCGCUGUGUCCGGUUGGUGGGAGGAUCGGGGCGCCAGCGUCCAGCAGCACCCGCAUCACGCCGACGGCCUCGGGCUCGUCCAGGUGCUCUGCGGCAAGCUGCGGCAGGCUCAUGUCGCGGUCGGCCGUACUGGGCCACGCAGUCAUGACGAGCUGCUUGGCCUCGGCGCCUCGGUGGAUGAGGUCUCGGGCUGACCCCUCACUGAUGGCAUUGCAGGCGAUGUGGACAACCAGCUGCCUCGUCAGCUGGCUCGCGCCGCGGAAAUCGAUGACGUUAGGGGUGCCAUCCGACCAAGCACUGGAGGGUCGCCAGAUCUUCACUCGGUCCGGGAAGGUGGGGGGCUGGUCGGGCGGCACAGUGGCGUAGAGCGCUGGAGGAGGGGAUGACCCAAAGACGAACGACUCGGACGGCCCCUGAUUGAUGGACACACACGCGCACCACAGUUGUUGUGUCUUCUCUGCCUCACUGGUGUGUGGUUGCCUCAUCACUCACCGUCGGUGCGGAGGCUUCAGCUGGUUUCAGCGACACCCAACCCCUCUUGCCCUCCCACAUCCCAUAUGUGUCCUUGACGAAGACUAGAUGAGGCGUGCCGUCCGCCAUCAGCCGCCGCCCUCCUCCCUCUUCGCGGCGCUUGAGCUGUCCGUCGGCUCCGAUGAUGCCGUAGCUGUAGUUGCACCUCACUACGAAGUCGCUGCGACUGUACACCCCUUCACGAUCCUUCCUGCUUUCGGAAGGGAGGACCACAGACAGAGACCACCUCGGGCAAGUCGGCGACGGGGGACUCAUGGCGAUGGGGUCUCGCGUGCCAAGCACAAGGGCAACUGCAAACACAGAUGGAACACAAGCAAGCCGGCCGGGGCAGCUGCAAAUGGGGCGGUGGGUGCUCCUUUGUCUCUCCAUUCCCUCACCUGAUUCGCCCUCAGCGAUGUCAGAGACCUCUACACUAAACAGCGCCAACACACGGGGUCCAUUCAGAGGGGUCUCACUCCACUCGGUCUCACUCCAGCCUGCACGCACAUCCGCACAGAUGAAGAGUGACGAUACGAGGAACGUAUCAAAAGGCGAGGGAAGAUCUGCUGUGACAAUCGUCCUCAUUGUCAUAGUCAGCAAGCUCCCUUACGUGUAUGUCUGAACAGUGGAGCCAACGUGUGCGUCUCCAGGUCGCCCAUGCUUCUGUGAAACAACGGUAUCACUGAAGGAGUAGCAUGUAAAGCAGAUGAGUAGAUUUGAUGUGCUGCCUCACUUCCCGCCCCAUUUCACCUUUUUCGUCCCC